AUGGAUUUGUAUGCAGCCAACGUUACAGGACCCAAUGUCAUGGGCUUUUCGGAUCCUUCAUUGGUGCCUGAAACCGCGCUCUUCUCAUUUCAUCCUCUUAUGUAUCUGUACUUUACGUUGUCAUUUUAUAUUGUACCAUACCCAGUCUAUCGUUACGUAGCCAAAAAGUACAAGUGGGAAGUAAAUCAAAAGACAAUUGCAAGGCAUUGGAGCGAUACAAUGCUAGGGUUCAGUUACGGGUUGAUUGUAUUCAUAUUUGGUAACUAUAGCAAAGCAUUUAGCUGGAUCACUGUCGUUGCCUUCUAUCCAUCGUUGUUUGGCUAUGCUAUUAUUGCUGAACAACCUUAUACAAAGACCUCCUUGCCUAAUAUCAAGCAUUGGCCAAAAGGAAUGUGGAUUGUAUUCCUGAUUGCACUUGGUAUCAUCCUAGCCUUUGCUGGUAUUCACAUCUAUUUCGCAUCUCAGUUUAGUCUACCUUUCGUGAUUUACUAUGUCUGCGGGUUGCUGAUCCCGAUUUUUUUCUUGGUUACAUCGGUGCUCCUGAUUAAGGAAGUCAAUUCAAAUUGGACGAGAACAACGUAUUACACAUGGCGACAUCAGCGACAACUAAAAGCUACAACGCCGCCCUCUACUCCAUCUGCAAACUAUCUAGAUGAAGCGGCAACUCACGAAAAUAUGCAAGGCAAUAAAGACAUUGCUUUAACAGAGCAAAUACCCUCUCAAGAAGUAGCCAUUUUGCCACCGCCAAACCCGUACACCAACAAAGUUAGACUGCAUAUACAUCACUGGCAGAUAUUCUACGUUCUAGCCUUCUUCACAAGAUUUAAGCACCCUGUCUCUCAGGUCGCCGCGGGGAUUGUGCUUGCUUGCUACAUGCAAGGGAUCUGUGCUUAUGGAUACGACCCCUUGGUGAACGAUGACAGAUAA